CUGGCUGCUGACUACCUCCUCACCUCUUUUUUCCUUCCAGCUGAUGACAAAGACAGCAAAAAACAAUUCCUGGGACGCCAAAUUUGACUGUCUCCCUUUUUCUUUUCCUUGACCAGCCCUCCCCAUUGGGGAGGUUCAAACCCAGAUCCCAAACUGGUAAAAUGGAUCGGAGGCCGUAAAGGGAAUUCCUACAGCAGGGAGUACUUGAAAUUUGGGGUCCAGCGGAGGAGAAAGUAGGCAGAAAGUGGGCAGAAUUCCAGAGGGCUGAUCUAGAGACGGCCGCAGCCCGGAGGGUGGUUCUUGUGCUCCGAGCUAGCCUGCCGCGGACAACUCAGAGGCCGGCAGCUGCCGGAAAGUCCUGGACUUGGAGACGGAGCGCGCUUGCCUCCGGCCUUCUAGCCUCUCGGGCUCUGGCAGUCUCGGCGCGAAAAGCUGGGUGGAGCCCUCGCGUGCAGAACUUCGGGGGAAAUGCGCGGCGGCGGCCAGCUGAAGAGCAAGGCGCGCUUGAGGGCGGGCGAGCGAGCAAGCGAGCCGGCAUCAGGAGCCUCCCCUAGGCAGCUGGAGCGCGGCCUCGGAAACGCUGCGGGGCUCGGGACCAUCCGACGGAUUUUGAAAGAACUUCUGGCGGGGCCGGUUAGUGCUGCCAGCCUGGCAAGUGAGGGGCUAUGCAGCGCGCGGGAACCCUUUUCGCCGGCCUGGGAAUGUGGUGGUGGCUCAGCUGGGACCUCGUCGCCCUCUGCGAGGCUGCCAAGGGCCGCGUGCCUCGCCUCCGCCUCUCCUAUAAAGAUUUACUGGCCACCUCUUCCUGGGCAGAAAGAAGAAUGCUUCCAGAAAGGAAAGGACAUAGCGACGGAGUGUGCAAACUAUAUCCGAGUUCUUUAUCCUUUAAACCGGACUCAUCUCUUAGCUUGCGGGACUGGAGCUUUUCAUCCCAUCUGUGCUUUCAUCUAUGUGGGACACAGAGGAGAGCACAUGUUCAGCUUGGAUCCAACCAGUAUAGAAAGUGGCCGGGGCAGAUGUCCACAUGAGCCUAAUCGGGCGUUUGCAAGCACAUUUUUCAGUGGAGACUUGUAUACGGGGCUAACAGCCGAUUUCUUGGGCAGGGACCCUGUGAUCUUCCGGACCAUGGGACAUCGCUCUUCUCUACGUACAGAGAUGGACCAGAGGCUGCUUAAUGCUCCCAAAUUUGUUGCUGCUUAUAUGAUCCCAGAGAAUGAUGAUCGGGACAAUGACAAAGUCUAUUUCUUCUUCACGGAGAAGGCAGCAGAGUCAGACAGCAAAGGACAUGCCAUCUUCAGCCGUGUGGGCAGAAUCUGUGUGAAUGAUGCUGGUGGACAACGAGUGCUGGUCAACAAAUGGAGCACUUUCAACAAAGCCCGUCUUGUGUGUUCUGUUCCAGGACCAGAUGGCAUUGACACACACUUUGAUGAACUGGAGGACGUCUUUCUUCUGAGGGCUAAAGAUGGCAAGAAUCCUGAAGUCUAUGCACUGUUUAGUACCAUCAGCAAUGUCUUCCAAGGCUUCGCCAUCUGUGUCUAUCGUAUGGCAGACAUCUGGGAGGUUUUUAACGGGCCAUUUGCUCAUAAAGAUGGUCCUGAUCAUCAGUGGGCAGCUUAUGAGGGCAAGGUGCCUUAUCCAAGGCCAGGAGUUUGCCCCAGCAAAACCACCAACCAGCCAAGUCGUCAGUACUCCUCCACCAAAGACUACCCAGAUGAGGUACUGCAAUUUGCGCGUGCUCACCCCCUGAUGAGCAAAUCUGUGUAUCCACUACAACGGUGGCCUGUGCUGGUGAAAACCAAUCUGCAGCAUCGCCUACGGCAGAUUGUGGUGGACCGUGUGGAAGCUGAGGACGGGCAUUAUGAUGUCAUGUUCAUUGGCACAGAGGCUGGCUCCAUAUUGAAGGUCAUAGCCCUACAAAGAGGAAAUUUUGCUGCUGUUGAAGAAGUCGUUUUGGAAGAGCUUCAAGUGUUUAAGCUACCAGUCCCUAUCACUGAGAUGGAAAUUUCUGUGAAACGGCAAAUGCUUUACGUGGGCUCACGGGUCGGUGUGGCCCAAGUGAAACUGCAUCAGUGUGAGAUUUACGGGACCGCCUGUGCAGAAUGUUGCCUGGCACGGGACCCAUAUUGUGCCUGGGAUGGCCUCACUUGCACCAGAUACCAGGAAUCGGGCAAACGUCGCUUUCGCAGGCAAGACAUCCAGAAUGGGAAUCCCAUGCACCAGUGCCUGGAUCAAAACCUGACAGUGGAUGACUUUGACAGCACUGAGGAGAAGGUGGUGUAUGGUACGGAGCACAACAGUACUUUCUUAGAGUGUAUCCCCAAGUCACCCCAAGCUGCAGUGCAAUGGUUUGUACGCAGAUCUCCAGAGGAGCUAAGAGAUGAGGUGAAAACAGAUGAGCGGAUCAUGAAGACAGAGUACGGCUUGCUGUUUCGGAAACUCUUUCGUCAGGAUACUGGAACUUAUUACUGCAGGUCUCAGGAGCAGGGCUUUACUCAGACUGUCACCAAAAUCAUUUUGGAAGUGGUUGAGAAUGAGCAGCUGGAACAAAUUUUCCAGAGGGAGCAGGAGGAGGAGCUGCUUCGCCCUCCAUGCCGAGUUCCCAAUCUCCGCCUGGUGCAGGGACAACGAUUGUGGUUCAAAGACAUCAUGCAUCUGAUCGGCUAUGGCAAUCUACAGAGAGUGGAGGAGUACUGUGAGCGUGUGUGGUGCGGAGAUCGUGUACCGUGGCAUAAAGGCAAACUCCCAAAGAGCAGGAACCUGCUGGAUGGUGGCAAAAAGGGAAGAGGCAAGCAGCCCGGGGACAGAAACCGGGUGCCCAGGCAGGCAGUAGCCACUGAAGGGGAAAUGGAGCCAACUCUUGGCAAAAGCAUCCCGUAAAUUAAAAUCCACCCUUCUAAAACUUUGCCCUGAUGGAAGCCCCUUGCCCUUGCUGAUCAACUGAGCCUAUUGAUAUCCCUUCCUUCUGUCAAAAUGCUGGAGAUUUAACAAAUACCCAAAGUAUUGUUUUUCUAUCCUGUAUUGACAACCCUGGUGUGAGUUAUAUCACACCUCACACGGUAUCAAGUCUAAGAAAGGGUAGUGGUGGCCUCACUCAUGAUUAUUUUAAAUGCUGGCAUCCAUGAAGCCUCAUGUUCAGUACGGCUGAGCUACAUGAGUCAGAAAAGGAGCCUUAAGGAUCUAACCAGGUCGCUGGGAGAUUGUUACCAGCAGCUAAGGAACGGCAGUACCCACUCCUCUUACAGGACUGAGAUGAAACAGUGGAGAGCUGGAAAGAAUGGAGAUAUGUAACCCAUGCUGUUCUGGAGGUGAAAAGGAUCAGCUGUAGUUAACAGGUGACACGGUCACCCCUUUAAAAGAACAGAUGCUGCUUCCGGUGACUUAUUCUGCCUAUACUUCCUAUGCUGGGUAUGGGUGUGACCAUUGAACUCUGCGUAUCAUGGUAUCUGGAGGUGAAAAGCAGUUCAUUAUAGCACUUCCGGCCUCGUGCUUUUCCUUGUUCUGUCCAACAGGUCAUAAAGAAUGUCAAUUCUUUGGGCAUGAUUACAUACGAGUUUUAAAAAGGCCAGUUAUGUUUACAGUAUGAUUUGACCCUAAGGCUCAUUUACACCGCAUGUGUCCUUCUAGUGCAUUCUUUUCAAAUAACCAACAGUUGGAGGUGAAACUAAACUUGCCAAACAAACAAGCAAAGAAAUAAACAAAAACCUCAGGGGUAGCAUGGGCCAGACCAAAAAAAAAAAAAAAAAAAUCUUGUGCAGCUCUCAUUACUUCCCUAGGUUUUUCUCAGACUGAGCAGAAAUUUCAGCGGGGAAAUGAAUGGCGUAAAAGCAGCUAAUUUUUUCUUUUCCUCAGCCCUCCUCUGUUGCAAGUGUCCCCCCUCUCCCCACAAGCCCUCUGUCAAAAAGCAGAGGAACCACUAGGCCAGGGGUUCUCAACCUUAGCAACUUUAAGACUUGUGGACUUCAACUCCCAGAAUUCCUCAGCCAGCAAAGCUGGCUGAGGAAUUCUGGGAAUUGGUCCACGAGUCAUAAAAGAGCCAAGGUUGCCUACCCCUGCACUAGGCUAACCUUGGCCACAUAACAUAGUUUGGUCUACCUAUUCCUGAGCUUCCUACAUUUUGCUUGCCAAUAUCUUAUCCUGUCCAGGAAAGCCUGGCUUCUCUGUAUCACCUCUGAUUAUCUCAUUGCUGGCCACUUUUAUUGGGCAAUACAAUCACAGAUGGGACCCACCACCGUAGGGCCACAUGAGCCAAUAAGCCUUUCGUGGACUUGUAUUAAUUCCUUUGUUUUAAAGAUCGACAGCUAAAUGAAAACUAGCAGUUUGUUCAACAAAUAAAUUAAAUCUUACAUAGCAA